AUGGCAAUCAAGGCUAGAGAACAAGCCGAAACAGCAGAGACAACCAAGCGCUCGCACACACUGCUGGAAAGCCGCUUGGCACAUCUGCAGGGCGAGAAUGACGAGGUCAAAAGAGUGCUUGCCUCUGUUGAAAUUGAGCUUAACGCCUGCCAAAACCAUGUCACAAGUCUUCAAAAAGAUGUGUCAAGUGGAAAUAAACAGGUUGCAGAAGCCAUCGAAGCAAGGUCUGUUCUAGAAGAGGCGUUGGGACGAGUACGUGCAGACUUGAAGAAACAGUCAUCUGAGUACAAAGCACUUGAGGGAAGCCACGGUGACCUGCAGCGAAAAAUUGACCAGGCUUGGAAAGAUAUCAUGACGUUGUCAAGGUCAUACAUCUCAACAUUGAGACACUGGCAGACUGGGGUGGAUAAUCUGCUGCUGGAGACUCGUAGUGGCUUUGGUGGAUUCGCUGAUCAACAUUUGGAUGGCAUCGUUCUGCAGUUGAAGGCAGCUGAGAAUGUCCGGCCCACCCCGCCAAGCUGUAGUUUUCUGCAAGAGGUGCAUGGUGCAUGGAGGAAAAGAAAAAGGGCUGCAUUGGAGGGCCGAAGGGAUCACGAUACUGUGCCGCAAGAGCCAGAUUGGCCAGGCACGGCGUUGGGACCCGACGUGGUCCAACCUUUUAUUGAACAGCUGACUGCUGCCGCAAUGGACAUCUCAGGGCGUCUGGACAGCUUGGAAGGCAAGAUUCACGAGUUAUUCGAUUUGUCUGGUAAAAGCAUGGGCAUUGUGCUGGAGGCCGCGGUGGAUGCGCAGCGGCGUACAAAGGAAACUAUGAAGAAAUGCCUCAUUAAGGCCUCCAUGCACUCGGUGACGGCGUUCAAACCAGAGGAGGCACUGUCGCUGAUGGACAUGGACAGCAGGCAGGAUCGAGAAAUCCAGUCCUUUCUGUCCGACAUUGCCGCAGCAGUUCAAGGCACCAUGGAACUGCUGAAGGACAAGCAGCACAAAACCGAAACUGACCUCCUGUGUGCAGAAGGGAAAAUUGAAGCGCUUGUUAGCAUCAGGGACCAGCAGGAGCUUCAAAUACACGACUUGAACAAGGCACUGGGUGAAGUUAGGGCACACUACCAUGACGCCCAAGAGGGCCUCGCCAUGCUGGAGGGCGAUCGGCAGGACGCGGUGAAGAAGAUGGAGGAAGCUGCCAUGAAACUCAGAAUUGAAACAAGAGAGAGUGACAAUCUUCGAGAAGACGUCAAGGCAGGUCUGAAGAGAAUCGGAGAGCUGGAGGCGGAGGUGGAGCGGUUGGAACGGUUGGAGGCGGCUGCGUGCCAAGCACAGAAGAGGGCCAUGGAAAUGGGCGCAGAGAAGUUCUUCAAGCACCGACAGGGCUGGCGCCAGAUUAUCGAGACCGUUGGAAGAAUAAAAGAGGGUGUUAGCAUACUGAAAGGCGAGACAACGGGGAGCUUAGACUGCCUAAGGGAAGUUUGCGAAGGUUUCUUCAAACGCUGCGAGCUCAGGAUGGUCGAAUUGGCAAGGCAGAAGCACGACGCGGACCUUGCGCUCGAGCAAAUCACCUCGAAGCGACAACAGAGGUCCAACGACACUUCAAAAAGGGCAGGCCCCGGGCCCACCAAUCUCAUGAGUGAGGUGCUUGGCAACGAUCGUGCCGACACGGUCAGCCCGGGAAUGGACGAUGCGUCGUCGCAUGUACAACAGGAGGGUGCCCCGAUUGCAGACUGA